AGCCUUUCCAGGUUUCUUUUCUGCUUUGCUCCCACCCUGCUGUUGGAUUUGAGAUCAUGUCGCUUAAUAUUGUAGCUUUUGGAAAUGAAAGAGAUGGUUUUUCUGAGGACAAUCAGCAGCUCAGUCUGAUCUGGAGCUAUCUCGGGAGAAGUGCUCUCAUUUCCCAGAUGGACAGCAGCUUGUCUGCCAGUCACGUUGGAAACCCAGGUUUUACUGAGUAUCAAGCCUGCAUAUUUGGAAAUGUCAGACUGGUGGUACACGACUGUCCUGUCUGGGAUAUAUUUGACAGUGACUGGUACACUUCCUGCAGGCUUAUUGGAGGAGCUGAUAUUAUUGUGAUUAAAUAUUCUGUCAAUGACAAGACUUCAUUUCAAGAACUAAAGGACAGCUAUGUGCCAAUGGUAAAAAAAGUACUAAAUCACUGCUCAAUUCCAGUAAUAAUUUCUGCUAUUGGUGCAAGAAAAAACGGAGUACCUUGCACCUGUCCCCUGUGCACUUCAGACAGGAGGAGCUGUGUCACAACCUCUGAAGGAGUUCAGCUUGCAAAGGAACUUGGAGCCACCUACCUUGAACUGCACACUCUUAAUGACUUCUACAUCCAGAAAUACUUUGGAGGAGUGCUGGAAUAUUUUAUGAUCCAAAGUUUGAAUCAGAAGUCAUCUGAAAAAAUGAAGAAAAGGAAAAAGACGCAGAAGUGCCAUCAAGUCCAACCACCUCAGCUUGAACAACCAGAAAAGAUGCCGAUCCUGAAGGGUGAAGCCUCGCACUACAAUGCAGACCUGCACAACCUGCUCUGCUGCUGCCAGUGUGCAGAUGUGGCCUUCUACCCUGAGGACCUCAGCACAGCAGUGGAGGCUCACAAGAUCAUCCUCUGCUCUGUCAGCCACCUCUUCAUGCUGCUCUUCGGGGUGAAGAGCCCGUCUGACACCCAUGACGCCUCUGUCGUACAGCUGGCACAGAGCCUCUUUGCGGUGGAGGCAGGGGAUCCCUUCCCCUCCUCCCCCCAUGGUGUCCUACCCUGUGUCCCACCAGUCAGGGUAGUGGUGAAGGAUUCUGUCUUCUGUUCUUGUCUCCCAGACAUCCUCCACUUCAUUUAUUCAGGUGCUUUCCAGUGGGAGCGAUUAGAAGAGGACAUAAGAAAGAAGCUGAAGGAUCCAGAUAAAACAGAACAUGUGCUUGAGAAAGUUAAAUGCAUGCUGAAAACUCCAGGGAGGCCAAACACUGUAAAGGACUGCAAGUCUCACCAGAUAAAACAGCUGUAUAAUACUUCUCUCAGGCUGUUCUUUAACACACCUGUGCUGGCUGAUGUAAUCUUCAAAAUACAAGGUGCAACUGUACCAGCCCACAGGGCAGUUCUGGUCGCUCGCUGUGAGGUUAUGGCAGCUAUGUUUAAUGGUAAUUAUCUAGAAGCAAAUAGCAUUCUGGUUCCAGUGUAUGGGGUUUCCAAAGACACUUUCCUGUCCUUCUUAGAGUACCUUUACACUGACUCCUGCUGCCCAGCCAGUAUUCUCCAAGCGAUGUCUCUGCUGAUCUGUGCAGAGAUGUACCAAGUAAUGAGACUCCAGCAUAUUUGUGAACUUUACAUCAUCACGCAGCUUCAGAGCAUGCCUAGCAGGGAACUGGCUUCCACAAGCCUCAGUAUUGUUAGCUUGCUCAAAAAAGCUAAGUUUCACAAUUCUGAUUGCCUUUCAACUUGGCUUCUUCAUUUUAUUGCCACUAACUACCUCAUCUUCAGUCAAAAGCCUGAGUUUCAAGAACUUUCAGUGGAAGAGCGCAAUUUUGUAGAGAUGCACCGAUGGCCUUCAAACUUGUACCUAAAGCAGCUUGCUGAUUACAGGAGCUAUAUCCACUCUCAGAAAUGCCACUGCACAGUAAUGUAAAGAGGCUGAAUACACUCAAAGUGCAUCUCAACUGCAAAAUUUCGGAUUAGGGAUUAUAUAGAAUAUAAAAAACAUGUAAAGAGUGAAACCUGAUGCUGACCUCCUCUGGAAAUUAUGUUCUUUGUUUUGCUAACAAAUCACUCUAAUUUUUACCUUGAACCAUUGAGAAAUGUAUGUUGAAGAUUUAUUUUAAGCACAAGGAGUUCAUUCAUAUUCAUGGGGAUUAAAUGUAUUACAGGACAGUGCCCUGACUGGCGUCUGCUCCCCCUUCUAAUUUCCUUUUUGUUUAUUUUAUUGUUUUUCAUGGUUAUUUGUGGCUGCUAAACUGAAUCUGUUGAAAAUAGGUUUUGUGUAUCUGUGCACAAUAGAAGCAUAGGGAUACAGUAACAGUGCAGGGAAGCUGAGAAGCCAGGUCAUAAGUUUUUCAUAUACUUCAGGAUGCAAAAAUAUUCUGUAACAUUUGUUGGUUCACAAUAUAAUGGGUAGGCUUAAGAAGCAUUGUAGUUACUAUUAAUUUAUUACUCCAGAGAAAGCCUGUAGUUCUGUUACAACCUUAUGAUUAGAUCUUUUAAUUCCAGAGGAAUGCCUAUGCAUCACGGUAUUCUCUAGUGCCUCCAAAUAUCUAAAGAAUGACAUGAUUUUUCCUGCCAGUAGCUAGGAGAAGAAAGUCUGUUUUCACAAUCUGCAGAACACCUUUGUUAGUGUGGUCAUAUUGUAUUUUUUCCCAUGAGGAAUAAAGAGAGGGAAAACUACAUAUGCUCAGACCAUACCCUUAUGGUACUGAUGGACAGGGAAGAAAGGCAGAGGGGUCAACAGUCUUUCUUGGGAUUUGAGCAAAAAUCUAAAAAAAAAAAAAAAAAAAGUGGAAACACACUUUGGGAAAAGUGUGUCUAGUAAUCAUAGUCACCACAAUAAAUGUUAGAUGUGCUGGUCAUGAAGGAGAUGACCCUCAUAGAUUUGCCAGUGCUGCCAGAGAUGUUGGUUUUUGUGGUGGGACUUUGAGCUCAAACGUCCCCAGCAGGGAUUCAGUUCAAGUUUAGUUAUCACCAUGUGUUCAUAAGCUACACCAUGUGAGACAAACCUAGCUGUGGAUCCUUUCUGAGAUACAAGAGAAAAACACAGAAUAUUAUGACUGGUGUGAUCCUUGCAGAUACUAUUUAGUACUUUCUUGACCAAAAUAACUUGUCAUGCUGCUGACCUGUGUGUACAUAGUAUGUGCUAAUGCCAGAUUGAACCCAGCCUUUUCCUGAGCAUAAGUGCUUUUCUAGAAGCAAAAUCUAAUCACAGAACUAAAUGCCUCAUAAUCAUUCUUGUACUUUCAAUUCUGGUUUUUCAUCUGCCUUUGUAAUGUGGUAUGUAGCCUGAGACUGUGGCAUUUCUACCACAUCAAAUGUACCCGGAAACUGCACUUGUGAGAAGAAGGUGAAAAAACAAAUUGCUGGAGCUGAUUUUUUUUUUUUUUUAAGUAUAAAAAUUGUUAUAUUUUUUAAUACCAUUUUACAGAUAAAUUGUUCUUUUCAUUCUUUUCAAAUUCCAUUCUGGAGUCAUAGAGGUGGGUUUUCUUGGUUGGUUUUUUUUGGGGUGUUUUUUUGUUGUUGUUUUUGUUUUGGGUUUUUUGGGAGGUUUCUUUUGUUUUGUUUUGUUUUUUGUUUGUUUUUUGUUGUUGUUGUUGUUGUUUUGGGUUUUUUGGUGAUACUUUCCCUAUUUUUGUAUACACACAAAAUAAAAAAGAGUUUAUGACUCAGCUGGCUGCUGCAGACUCAAAAUUCCAAGGUUAGUUUUAGGCAAUAAUUUUUUUUAAAAAAAACUCUGCAUCCUCAGGUCCUAAACUUAUUUAAAAGAUGAAUAUACUUAUCUAGAUCUUGCAUAUAGGGAGCCUAAAAUAUAGAGAAUGAUAAUGCCUUUUCAAAGUCAUGAAAGAAAACUGAAAUUAUUAAACAAAAAAAUUAGUAGGAAAGUAAUAUGUAUGGAACUUAUAUGUGAAAAAAGUAGUUUUUAUAGUUAUAUAGUUAUCAAACAUUUAAGUAAAAAUUCAGUUACUGGAUAGAUAUGAAUAAAACUUCAGUAAGUUUUUUGAAGCUUAAAGUCAUGGAAAAAUUUGGGCAUACAGUUAACCUACAGUUUGUCUAGACAUCUGAUAGCAUCCUUGGGUGCUUCUACCAGAAGCCAGCUCAAUUAUCAAAAGUGGGGAUUAAAUGCUUCAUACUGACAUCCUGUGCAAAAGUGACACAAAAGCUCUGUGAAUGUUGGUCUAAGCUUCAUGUAGUCCUGCAUUUUUAAUAUUUUGAAAGCUUUCCCAGUUUUUUUCACUAGGAAUUUGUCUGUUGCCAAUGAUUUGUGUAUAGAUAAUACAUAAGAAAGUACUGGUUUUAAUUUUAUGUAAAUGUUUUGUAGGUAUUUUAAAAUAGGCUUAAUGGAAAUAUAAAACACUUUAUAUCCAAACCAGAGAAAUAUUUUACUAUUAUGCAUUUUAGUCAGUGAUAGCUACAGGUUUUAUACAGAGAAGUCAGGCAGUAUAAAAAUAUUUAAUAUUUAUUCAGAGAUUCAGAGAUUAAUGCUUACUACUGUUCAGACAAUAAACCAAGUUUCCAUUUUACUGUGUAUCCCCAUAAUGCUGCCUGUAUCAGGUGCAGAUGUGUUGUACUUGCAGACGUAGACCAUCUAAUAAAUUUUAAGUCUUAGAAGAAAACUUACUAGACAUUCUUAUUUUCAUUCUCUAAGAUGAUUUUCUGUAGAAAUGUACGUAUCUUAGAGCUAUUUUUAAACCUUUUUUAGCAUUUGGAAACAUGACUGAAAGUAGAUAAUGAUGCUUUGUGAGUUGCUGUUCUUAGCUGGUUUUAGUGGAGGCUUUAGGUCUGUAUCCAUCACAGAUAGUCAGGAAUUAGGGCAGUACUGAAUUUGGUAUUUAUCUAUAAUUGUGUAUGGCAUAAAGUAGAAACUACUUUGAUAUAAACCCCCCACCCUAUACUAUGGUAUAAAGUAAAAAUGAGGAACCAAGUGGAAAAAAAAAGGUUAUUUAUGGAAGUGGUUUUGAAAAAAUAAAAUGUUUCUGGAAUGCUUCCACUGGUUCCAACACCUCCCAAACUUCCCUGGCACUGGCAGCAUUGGUAUCAAAGAAAGAGGUCAGUAAUGAAUUUGGAUGUCCCUAGGCAGUACCUAUAGCAUUUGAAAUUAUAUAUUUAGGCUUAAGUUUAAGUAGAGAUGCAAGUCCUGAGUCCUUCAUUAGAGCUAACUCUCAAAAUUAACUUUUAGCAAAUAAAUUUUGAAAAAUGGAUUACACUCUUAAUUUUUGCUGUCCUAUAUAUGUGUGUUCUCAUCCCAAACUAGCACUAAGCUUUAUAGAGACUAAAAAAAAAAGUUUUCUGCACUAGUAAGGUUUUCCACGUGAUAGUCAUAAAAUCUUUGCUAUUGUCCUUAGGCUGUGGUGUGGUGGAUUUGAAAACAAAACCAAACUGUUAGAAAAAGGAGUAACUAUUUUAUUAGGCAUGUCCUGAAACUCUUGUAUGUUUUUCUUUUAGUGUACCCUAAAUUACACAUUUUUAGAUUGAAUAAGUAAAAUUUUGAUACAAAAUUUAAAAAAAAAUCUCUAA